AUGGUUCAUUUAGGUCCAAAGAAACCACAAGCUAGAAAGGGUUCCAUGGCUGACGUUCCCAAGGAACUGAUGGAUGAGAUUCAUGAACUGGAAGACAUGUUUACUGCCGACAGCGAAACCUUAAGAAAAGUGGUUAAACACUUCAUCGAUGAAUUGAAUAAAGGUUUGACCAAGAAGGGUGGUAACAUCCCAAUGAUUCCAGGUUGGGUCAUGGAAUUCCCAACAGGUAAGGAGUCUGGGGACUAUUUGGCUAUUGAUUUGGGUGGUACCAACUUGAGAGUCGUGCUGGUCAAAUUGAGUGGUAAUCACACCUUUGACACCACACAAUCCAAAUAUAAACUGCCACAUGACAUGAGAACCACGAAGCAUCAGGAGGAGUUGUGGUCAUUCAUUGCUGACUCUUUGAAAGACUUUAUGGUUGAACAAGAAUUACUAAACACUAAGGAAACCUUGCCACUAGGUUUCACUUUCUCAUAUCCCGCUUCUCAGAAUAAAAUUAACGAAGGUAUUUUGCAAAGAUGGACCAAGGGUUUCGACAUUCCAAACGUUGAAGGCCAUGAUGUUGUCCCAUUGCUACAAAAAGAAAUAUCCAAGAGGGAAUUACCAAUUCAAAUUGUAGCAUUAAUUAAUGAUACUGUUGGUACUCUGGUUGCCUCCUACUACACUGACCCAGAAACUAAGAUGGGUGUGAUUUUUGGUACUGGUGUUAACGGUGCCUUUUAUGAUGUUGUUUCUGAUAUCGAGAAGUUGGAAGGUAAACUAGCGGACGACAUUCCAAAGGAAUCUCCAAUGGCUAUCAAUUGUGAAUAUGGUUCCUUCGAUAACGAACACUUGGUCUUGCCAAGAACAAAGUACGAUGUUGCUGUUGACGAACAAUCUCCAAGACCAGGCCAACAAGCCUUUGAGAAAAUGACCUCUGGUUACUACUUGGGUGAAUUGCUACGUUUAGUGUUGGUUGAAUUGAACGAAAAGGGUCUGAUGUUGAAGGGUCAAGAUUUAACCAAAUUGAAGCAACCAUACAUCAUGGACACUUCUUACCCAGCAAGAAUUGAAGACGAUCCAUUUGAAAACUUGGAAGACACAGAUGACAUCUUCCAAAAGGACUUUGGUAUCAAGACUACCUUACCAGAACGUAAAUUGAUCAGAAGACUUUGUGAAUUGAUUGGUACCAGGGCUGCUAGAUUGGCUGUUUGUGGUAUCGCUGCUAUUUGCCAAAAGAGAGGCUACAAGACUGGUCACAUUGCUGCCGAUGGUUCUGUGUACAACUUGUACCCAGGCUUCAAAGCGGCUGCAGCCAAGGGUCUAAGAGAUAUCUAUGGGUGGACUGGUGAUGCCAACGAAGACCCGAUCAAGAUCGUUCCAGCUGAAGAUGGUUCCGGUGCAGGUGCUGCCGUUAUUGCCGCAUUGUCCGAAAGAAGAAUUGCCGAAGGUAAGUCUCUUGGUAUCAUUGGCGCCUAA